AUGCAGAACCGGACUGGUGUUUUGCCGGUUGUAACUCCACCUCAGUCGCAACUUUAUGCCAAACGGGUCAGCUUCGCCGGCUUACUUUGUUAUUCAGGCUGCCUCAACCUUCUCCGGUACUUCCAGUCACCGGCUAACCGAAAGCUCCUUUCGCACGAAGUCAGCAACGCACGAAGCACCUCUGAAGAGACAUGGGAAACGUCCCCAGACCGGCAACACAAGGGGGACGCGCAAUUUCCAUUCAUCCAAACAUGCGUCACGCUCGGCGCUGGUCUGAACAUCGAAGACGGUUACGAAGCGACAGUCUCCGUUCUGCCCUUCAAUAUCGACAUCUCUGAGUGCGACAACAACGACGGCUUUACAGUCAUCGACGUCUCGAGUCCGGACCGUGUGAGGUAUUGCUUUUUCGUUGCCGGUGAUUUAGAGACGGCCGAGUACCGGCAUAAGCAAGAACUGGCGGACGAGGACGGGGACGGGAGUUCAGAAUGGUUGGAGCCAACCAAAGAAGACAUAAUCCCUCGGUUGGUACCAUUGAAAGCCGAACAAUACCUAUCAGGAUACUAUUUCAGAGAGUCGAAAGAUUGGUCGGCGACCAUGGACGAGAAACUUCAAUCCUUUAAGAGCUGGCCACUUGUCGAUGCCGCGGCUUUGAAGGAGACGUGGCCUGGGCAUCCUUGGGACGACGAUGUGGAAGAAGAACAGAGUGACCGGUCUUCUCCCGCGGGCACCACGCUGUCUCUCCGCGAUGCCUCCAUGCAAAAGCUUAUUGACGAAGCUCUUCACGACCCCAAGAACGGCGAUUGGAUUCAAGAAGUUGAGUGCCUGCCCGACUUUAUCCCGACUUUGAGGAACUAUCUGUACAAGCAUCCUGAGUCGGUUCACACUAUGCCUGGAGGCCUGACACUUCUGCGCAAGUGCCUUGCACAAUCAAGGGACGUUGAUCUAAGCUCUUUCAGCCAGCUUUCUACAGAGACGAUCCGCGAGCUCAUUGCCAGCAUCUCAACAACCGUAGAGCAGCUUGACCUCUCGGGCACAAACGCUUCGGAGGAACUAUUACGAGAAAUCUUACGCAUAACGCAAUUAACAGAACUCACGGUCACGCAAAACCCCGUCCUUCAAUUAAAAACUGUCUUGGACUCGAUCAAGCAGACAGGGCACCAGCACCAAUUGCAGUGA